UAUCUCUCCCUCCUCUCCUCGUAUCUCUCUCUCCUCUCCUCGUAUCUCUCCCUCCUCUCCUCGUAUCUCUCCCUCCUCUCCUCGUAUGUCUCCCUCCUCCCCUCGUCUCCCUCCCUCCUCUCCAGGCUCGUCGAUCAAAUUGAGUCCCAGGCUUCUGAUGCUGAGAGCAGGGUUAGGACUCAGCAACGGUAAAUCCCCAAAGAGAAAACUUUUCAGCAGUGCUGGACCCCCCAGGAAGAGACUGACUCUAGGGACCCAUCCAGAGGAGGAGACCGACACAGGAACAGAGGGCAGUCUGUGGGAAGCUUCCAUGGAGUUCCUGGAGACCAACUAUGAUGAAGAUGAGGAUGAUGAUGAUCAGGCCUUCCUCACGGCCCCCUCCUCUCCUGUCUCGUUGUUGGGUGGGUGUCGGCUGGGCCUGGCUCGCGUUGCCAUGGAGACGGUGCCCCUACAGUACUGCCCGGCGUCCAGGGAGGAACAGGCGGUUGCCGUGGAGAUGCAGACAGGAGAGUUCCAGAACCUUCGGUGUUGUAGAAGUCUCGAGAACUACAGCCCUACAGUGAGCUACACCCAGACUGGACACUACACACUCACACUCAGAGCUUUAUCUGACGGGGUGGUGGUCGAUGCAGUGUUCCUACCUGGUAGCUCUGCCACCAGCGCCCCUACAGGCCCCUCCUCUCCACAUGGCCCCUCCCACUCCGACCAGUGGUUCACCAUCCUGACACACGGAGGCUUUUCACCACACACCCCUCCACCUGCACCAGCGGAUCUGAUCGCAACGGCCUCCCAGCUGGCCAAUCAGAGGCUUGUGUGUGUUCUGGAGUUGUGUCUACUGGGAGGAGACAGAUUGGAGGUGGUCCUGAGUAGAGCCUUCCCUCUGAGAGACUGACCUCUUCAUCAUGCGUCAUAUUCAAGUCUAAUCUACUGUAUGUGGGAGUCAACUAAAUGUUUGGCAUUAUUUGAUCUUAGCAAAUCACACGAUUGUAAGGUGUGGCUCCGAAUCAAGAAACGUGCAGAGUGGGAGAUGAUUGGUUAAAGAAAAGCCAAUUCGAAGCCUUUCUUGCUGAUUUUCUAUUGGUGACAGAAUUUUUCCCUGACUUUUUCUAUUGGUGAGUGAAGAUGGCUUUUGUUCACGAGACUUUCCAUGGAAGGAGAAAAGAGGAAGGAGGAACGACAAUACUAAAAGACUAAAACACACUUCCUUUCUCUCUCUGACACACACACACUCACACACGCCCUUUCUCUCUCUGACACACACACACACACACACCCUUUCUCUCUCUGACACACACACACACUCUCACACACACACCUGACUGUGCAUUGUAAAGCCAGCUAUUUUAUGUUGUUUGAAACCGUGUUUUACAGGUGAAGGCUUAAUAAAGUAAGUACUAUGUA